AUGCCCCCCAUGGCUCCCCGCUCUCAACCCCGCAACCGCCGUGCCUUGCUCUCUGCUGUAGCUUCGGCAACAUGUUCCAGCGCCUGGGCGUCCUCCUGGCCUGAAAUUAUUCCGCGUGCGAAUGCGAUCGACUUUUCAAGUGCUCCGCCAAACUUGACCACUCUGGGAAACAACUCUUUGUUCACUCAUUGGAGGCCUAAAGCUCACUUUAUCGCCCCCAACUCAUGGAUGAACGAUCCUAUGACGUUGUGGUACAAGGCUGACGGACAAGGUGGGGGCAAGUUCAAGGCAUCGUACCAGGCCCAUCCGCACCAUGUCCAGUGGGGAAAUAUAUCACAGGCCUCGGCUGCAAGUGAUGACUUAAUCCAUUGGAAAGACGUCCCUUCAUGGAAGGAUGAUCGGCUUACACUGUAUCCUAGCCAGCCAAAUGAUAGAUUGGGAGUGUUCGAUGGCACAGUUAUCCCCAAGGGCUACAAGGGAUUUCCUACCGUGAUCUAUACCGGUGUCAAGUAUCUUCCAACUGGAUGGACUAUCCCUUACACACCUGGCACUGAAACUCAAAACCUAGCCUGGACUGAAGAUGGCGGUGUUACCUGGAAGAAGCUCGAGACGAACCCGGUCAUGGGAGGUCCGCCCGAGGGCAUGAACAUUACUGCGUGGCGUGAUCCUUGGUUAUUCCAAUCCACUACUAUCGAACGUCUCACUGCUUCGAAUCCCGGUGUACCUGUCCCUCCCACUACAUUCAACGGCACCACGGCCAAUGUAACGAACACCAAUAUUGCAGAUACGAACGUAACCAUCAAAGACCCUUGGUUUGCAACGGUAUCUGGAGGCGAAAAGGGGGUGGGGCCACAUUUGUUGCUGUAUCGUCAAGCUUCAGAAGAUUUCACCAAGUGGGUUUACCUUGGUCAGAUCUUCCAGCAUGCGGGGAACUAUAGCUGGUCUGAAUGGAGUGGUAACUGGGGCUGGAACUUCGAGGUUUCUACUGUCGUUCGUCUUGGUACAGAAGGUGACCAACCGGGCGCCGGUGGGCGCGAUUUUAUCUGCAUGGGCACCGAAGGAGGUCGUCCCGAUGGCUGGGCGAACCACUGGCCUCUAUGGGUUAGAGGCAACUACUCGGAUGCGGCGCAGAUGGUGCCCGAGUAUGCGGGUGUUGUCGACUGGGGUGAGACGUACGCGUUCAUGAGUUUCCCGAUUCCUCGUAAAAAGGGGAGCAAGGACUACAAGAACCAACCCACUCGUCAAAUUCUGUUUGGUUGGACUUAUGAGGAUGAUAACAACUACGGCCUUCUCGCCAAGGGCUGGAACGGCGCCUUUACCCUCCCGCGUGACAUGUUUGUCAAGAAAUGGACGGUUCGUGACCCUCGCGCCGAAGAGCGUGGCUCAUGGGGCAUCGUCUCUCGUUCCGGUUCUUCGUAUGAUCUCGAAACUCUUGGAAGUCGCCCUGCCGAAGAGGUUAACGCAUUGAUGAACGAAUCAAAGACCAAAUGGUCCGAGAAGAGCUGGACCUACUCUGGGUCGGGUUCGAACAACGGAGCAUGGAAAGCGCUUUCCAAGCAGCCCAAGUCGAGGUUCUAUGUACUUUCUGCCACACUUGCCUUCAACAGUUUGUCUGAUGCUCAGGCUGGGUUCACGAUCUUCCGAUCCCCCGACGGCUCCGAGCAGACCCACGUUUACUACGAUUUCGCAGCCGAGACUAUCCGUGUGGACCGUAGCAAGUCGAGCUUGGUGACAGGGUUCAAUCUUGGGCCCGAGGCCGGUAAGCUUCGCUUGUGGAACGUCCCGUCGGGCAAGGGCAAUGGAACCAAGCUCGAGACGCUCGAUUUGAAGGUGUUUGUGGAUAACUCUAUUGUCGAGAUCUAUGCGAACGACGUCUUUGCAAUGACCACCCGUAUUUAUCCAUGGCGCGAUGAUUCAAAUGGUUUGGGAUACUACACUUCUGGGUCCAGCAGCGUCAAAUAUUCCAAUGUCAAGGUGUGGGAGGGACUAACGAACGCUUGGCCCGAGCGACCUGCCAACUCGUCCAACAAGCUUGUUUGGGAUGGGCCCGAUGUGCCUUGGGCUGGUUGGUAA